GCCGCGCGGCACGCCGGGAGUUGGAGUCGGGCGUUGGCGGUUGCGCAGCAUCCGUUGGGGGCGCGCGGCGUUGUUGGUCUCUCGUAGGAACAAGGCAGCCAUUGCGGCGGCGGCUGGGAAGAGCGGUUUCCUCGCGGCCGGCUGGAGUCAGCGCUCAGCGACGAUGCCCUACAGCCUCCCUUCAUAAGUUCUGGUACUUCUCUGAUGGCACACUGAACUGACAAGAAGCUAAUCAGUAUAAACCUAGUCGGUGCUAACACAAAAGUAUCAAACUUAAGAUGAGUGGCUGCCGUGUCUUUGUUGGACACUUAAGCUCACGUGCUCGGGAACGGGAUGUGGAGAAAUUCUUCAAAGGAUAUGGACGCAUACGAGAAAUCCAUCUAAAAAAUGGCUUUGGAUUUGUGGAGUUUGAAGACCACAGAGAUGCUGAUGACGCAAUUUAUGAACUAAAUGGUAAAGAGUUGUGUGAUGAAAGGGUUACAAUUGAGCAUGCUCGAGCCCGAAGAGGAAGGGGCAGAUUCGCACAACGAUUCAGUUAUUACCAGUCCCAGAGUGGAUCUAGCCGGUAUGGACCUCCUGUUCGUACUGAACACAGAAUCAUAGUUGAAAACCUUUCUUCCCGUAUCAGCUGGCAGGACUUGAAAGAUGUCAUGAGAAAGGCAGGAGAAGUAACCUAUGUGGAUGCACACAGAAACAACAGGAAUGAAGGGGUUGUGGAAUUUGCAUCCUAUAGUGAUAUGAAGAGCGCACUGGAAAAAUUGGAUGGCACUGAGCUGAACGGACGCAGAAUUAAAUUGAUUGAAGAUCACAGAAGGCACAGAAGCAGGUCUCGUUCAAGGAGUUACUCAAGAUCUCGCAGCAGGUCCAAGUCUACAGGAUCUUCCAGAUCGUACAGCCGGUCCAGGUCCAGGUCCAGGUCCAGGUCCAGGUCUCGUUCUCGCUCUCGAUCCCGUUCCCGUUCUCGCUCUCGCAGUCGUACACCUAAAAAGAGUUACUCCCAGAAGAGCCACCGCUCCAGCCUGCUAGCUUCUUCCCCAUCUCCCUCUUCCUCUAAAAGGAAAUCUCGUUCUAGGUCAAGCUCUGCUCAUAGCCGUAGUUAACCUGCUCUUAGAGAUGUAUUAACACGUUUAAUUUGAUUCAAGUUUCUUGAAGACUUGAGACAAAUUAUACAUGAGAACUAGGAGGGGAGAGUUAACAUGUUGAAAGGGUAACCUCCUUUUUCAUUGCCAAAGUGCCUGUCAUCAAUUAGGCCAUCUCUGUGAGGAAGGGCUGUCAGCUUUCUCCUUUCAGUGAAGUCUGGAGUGGGAAGUCUUUUGGGUUUUUUUUUUUCUGCUAUUAGUAAACAUUUCUAUCAUAGAUAUAUUAUGUACACAUAAUGCUGAGGUAAUGGGAUGAGUCAAUAUGCUGCUUUCUCCCUCCCCUGCCCCUCACUUUUCCCUCCACCUCCAAGGCCUUUGACUUCCAAAAUAUUACAUUAGCUUUUGUCCUUGGUAAUGAAUCCACAGAACAGGAAGUAUAGAUUUUAUUCUUUAAUGUUCUGUGGCUACUUCUCUGUGUGAGAAUGAAUGGGCCAGCUGAAUUUAGAUUAGAGUUCACUUUUUCCCCAUUGCUUGGCUUAACAGGCUAUUUAAGUUCCAGCUUUAAAUGACCUUGAUAAUACGCUUAAUUUGCAACAGACUUGCAGGAAUACGCACUGGCCAGUUAAUAUUGCUCAUUUUGUUAAUGAAUCAAUACAAUGUUAACCAGUAAUGAAAGCUGGAAUUCCCUGUUAGAAUGAGACACACCAUCCAGAUGACAGGAUUAUUGGAAAUCCAUUAUACUUAUGAAAUUUCCAGUAAUUCAGUAGUUUGUGAUCUUGUAUGUAGAGGCCUUAUUUGACAGGUGACUCCAUAAAACUGCACAGAAAUGUCAAUAUGCAUGUCCAUGUUUUUAAUGUUUAUAAAAGUGACAUAGCUUUCAUACCCAAAAGUAUGAUAUUGAAUAUUGUGUGUAUGAUUAGCAAUAGUCUUGAUGGAAAGGAAGGAUUUUUUAGUAAAUGACAGCAGCAAAAAUUCCCAGGAACAGUCUAGUCAUUUGUGACAGGAAAAUUUAAUCAUGUUAAAGGGUAAAGAGGGUAAUUUCUUUAGAACUCCUGAAUGCACAGUUGUUUCAAUUAAUAGAAAUUUCCACUGCAAAUACUGUUUGUUCUUAUAAUUUGGGAUUAAAUUUUUUUUAAACUUCUGGAUCAUUAAAGAAGGGAAGCAUUUUUUGGAAAAAUACAUGUAAAUUAAUCCCAAAGUCUUAUGUGUGUUAAGUGUACCAAUCCUAAUAAAAUAAAACCUUUUUCUGGCUUA